GCUGGCUACUUGGCUGGCAUUUCGUGGUACUUGGCCACAUCGACACUCUUUUGAUCCCCGCGCCCCUCACCAUGCCGUUCGGCAUCAACCUUUUUGGCAAGGGACACACGCAAGAAGCACAGCAGGACUCGGCAAAGGAGAUGGUCCGAGAAUGGCAACGCAACCUUCGCUCGGAAGCACGAGGAGUGGACAGGAGCAUCAGGAAAAUCGAGCAAGAAGAGGACAAGAUAAGGAAAGAGGUCAAGGACAUGGCCGCCAAGGGAGGCGACCCAAAGAGCAUCCACAUGCUCGCAAAGUCGCUGGUGAGAUCUGGAAAAGCCAAGGCUCGUUUGUACACCUCCAGAUCCAUCAUGCAAUCAGCUGUGUCGGAGCUUGAAACCACCGCCGCCACCAUGCGCUUGUCUGACUCCAUGAGCAAAUCCGCAGAGGUGAUGAAGCAGAUCAACUCCUUGUCCAAGAUCCCCGAGAUGGAGGAGUCCAUCUCCACCAUGCGGCGGGAGAUGAUGCGCGCUGGCCUGAUAGAGGAGCUGAUGGAUGAAGGAAUGGAAGCGAUGGAUGGGCCGGAGAUGGAGGAGGAGGCUGAAGCAGAAGUUGACAAAGUGCUGGAUGACCUGGCCAUUGACGCCUCGCUGCGAAUGGAAAUCUCCCGGCCCCAGGCUGUGUCUGCUGGAGGGUAUGCUGAACCAGCCGCCGCAGUUGGGCAGCGGCAAGCACAAGCUGUGGCGUCAACGGGCUAGGCAUGCACAUUGGUGCAUAUGCCUCAAACGAGCUCCACUGCCAGUCAAACUGAGCACUGGACAUGUGAGCCGCGAAGGCGGUCGUCACCUAAUCAGCUCAGCGCAGAAGCCUACAGAUACAUGAAGCGCACAUUCAAUCCUAUGGUUUAGGGCCCUUAGGGGCCUCCCAAUCC